CAGCUCGCCGGCUAGAGCUAUCGACGAUUUUCUCAGCAAGCCAACCAAAAUCAGGUAAUUAAAAUUGCAAUAACGUGCUUAAACUGUGUGCUGCUUGUGGAAAAAGUUUAGCUCCGAAAGGGUUCCCCGCCGGCCCUCGCUUGCAUGUCUGCUACACACGCGAAAAGUGCGUCUGAAGUUGGCCGGAAAAAAUCAAUAGCCCUAUAAACAGGCUAUUACCCGGAAAGCACAUAUAAAUUCCUGAAUAAAUCCGCAUAAAUAUUGACAGCCGAAUAGCGAAUCUACCAGAAUGGCGAACAACAACUACGCCGGGUUUAACUACGGCGGCACCCAGUACAACACGGGACAGGUCUCGUACCCGGCGGUAACCAACGCCACCUACGCGAACGCGGCGGCCUACCAAAACGCUGCUGUGGCUGCCGGCCAGGGUGGCUAUGCAGCGGCCGGGGGUCCUGGCGGUGGCGCUGGCGCCUCAUCAGGGCCAGGGGCGGGCGGUUACGGUGGCUACGGCGGUGGCGGUGACUACCGCAACGCCAUUCAGUCGUACGACGCCACCAAGACAUUCUACCAGCAGUCGCCGGCCAGCUACAACGCCCCGGGCUCGGCAGCCGCAGUCAGCAAGACGCACUACUCGGCUCCGCCAGUUAAGAACCCGGUUAAGGGCAAGAUGGACAAGUCCAAUGGCGGGCCAAAGCCUCAAAACUCCGCUCCUUCGGGUGGCAACAACUACGGCUACGACACCGCCCUGUAUAACGCGGCCAGCAUGUACGUGGCCCAGCAGCACCAAGGCGGACCGCAGAAGCCGAACGGCGGGCCAAAUAGUUGGUAUCAGCGCAAGAUGGGACCCACCAUUCCGGGUGCACCCGCUCUUCGCGGCAUGCGACCUAAGGCGCCGCCACGCCCACAGCAGCUGCACUACUGCGAGGUGUGCAAGAUCUCAUGCGCUGGUCCGCAGACCUAUCGCGAACAUUUGGAGGGCCAGAAGCACAAGAAGCGCGAGGCCUCGCUCAAGAUGUCGGCCAGUGCAACAAGCACCACCCAGAACCGUGGAAACAACUACCACUGCGAACUGUGCGACGUCACCUGCACAGGCACCGAUGCAUAUGCGGCCCACGUUCGCGGCGCCAAACAUCAGAAGGUAGUGAAGCUGCAUCAGAAGCUAGGCAAACCCAUUCCCUCGGAGGAGCCAAAAAAAAUGGGCAAGAUUAACUUUGUGCCAGCCGCUGCUGGGGCAGCCGGAGCAGGUGCAACUGGAGCUGGCAUUAAGACUGAGGGCGGCGCCAACGAGGGUAAUUCACCAGAUGACCUAGAUGACAAUCUGGACGAUUCGCUGGGUGAGAACUCAGAUAACAUUAAGCCGGUGGGCGGCGAGUAUAUCGAAGAGGUCAAGGACGAGGAGGGUAAGAUUUUGAGCUUCAACUGCAAGCUCUGCGACUGCAAGUUCAACGACCCCAAUGCCAAAGAGAUGCACAUGAAGGGGCGUCGUCACCGCUUGCAGUACAAGCGCAAGGUACAGCCCGAUCUGGUGGUUGAUUUCAAACCAACACCUCGCCAGCGUCGCCUGGCCGAGGCUCGUGCUCAGCGAGCGAUGAUGUCGGGCCACCGCGGUGGUGAGGACCACGAUGGCGGUAACUACUGGGACGAGCAGCGUAAUCGUCAGUACAACGAGGAGUAUGACUACAAUAACUGGAUGUCGCGCAGCUUUGGAGGCGCCCAGCGCUUUGGACGCAUGGGCAAUGGACCGCCACCGCACUUUGGCAUGAUGCCCGGUGGCAAUGUCCGUCGUCCCGAAAGCACCGAUGAUCGCCACGCCAUUGCGCGUCACGCCGAGAUCUAUCCCAAGGAGGAGGAGCUGCAGACUAUCCAGCGUAUCGUCUCGCACACUGAGCGUGCUCUCAAACUGGUCUCGGACGCCCUAGCCGAGCAGCCGAACGAUGCGGGUGCGGCUGCCAAGAAGGAUAAGAGCGAUAAGCCAUCGGAGAAGGAUGGACGUGACAACCAGAUCUUCUCGUUCCACAAGGAUGCCGAUAACGGCGGCAAUGUGGUACGCAUCCUCAAGGGAGUGAUGCGCGUGGGGUACUUGGCCAAGGGCCUGCUCCUACACGGUGACAAUGCCGUCGAGCUGGUUGUGCUCUGUGCUGAGAAGCCGACAGCUGGUCUUCUGCAGCGUGUAGCUAAUGUGCUGCCCGAUAAACUGAAGGAGGUGGCAGGUGACGUUCCAGUCAACUAUCGCGUGGAGGUCAACGCCGACGAUGCCGCCGUAAUUGUACUGGACGAGGCCGUUUCUGUAAAGAUAACCCUUACAUCGCCCCUGCUGCGUGACACCAGUCCCUCCGACGCUUCGGCCAAUGACGUUGGCGAGGGUGAUGACGAGACCUUGCCGCGUGAGCCGUGCCUCCGUGCUUUAGCUGACUUGCGUCAUGCCAAGUGGUUCCAGGCCAGGGCCACCGGCCUGCAGUCGUGCGUGAUGGUCAUUCGCAUCCUUAGGGAUCUGUGCCAGCGCGUUGCCUCCUGGCAGGCGCUGCCUCAGUGGUCGCUGGAACUGCUGGUGGAGAAGGUAAUCUCUUCGGCUGGUUUUCCCAUCUCACCCGGCGACUGUAUGCGCCGCAUUAUGGAGGCCCUGUCCUCCGGAUUUCUGAUUAACGGUCCGGGUCUGCUGGAUCCAUGUGAAAAGGACCCUACCGACGCUCUGCUGGAGUUAACCAAACAGGAACGCGAGGAUCUUACUGUGUCGGCACAGUUAUUCCUGCGUUACAUUGCCUUCCGUCAAAUUUACAAGGUGCUCGGCAUGGAGCAGCUGCCGGCCAUGAAGUUUCCCAUGCGUCCGUGGCGUAUUAAUCGCAAGCGGCGUAGGUCAUCCGGCAAGGCAGGUGGCGCUCCCGGCGGCGAGGCCGAGGGCAACGACAUGGACGAUACCACCGGCUCUGACGAAAAGGUGGCCAAGAAGGACGCCGCCGGGGGGAGUGCCGCAAGCGCCUAAAAGCCCGCCGAAGGCAAUAGAUUAUACAUCUACACGUAGUUGGCUAUACUAAUAUUACAAUUUCUCUCACGAUUAACUAUAACUAACUCGUAUAUCUCCAAGCAAGAGUAUUCAACUCCCAUUUUGGCUCAUCAUGGUCAGGGAGCUAUGCAUGUUCAACAUGUGGCACUUGGAAGAAGCCCCUAUUAAUCUAUAAAAUCUUUAACUUACAAUAUUUAACGGAUCGAUCAUUACAACUUGUAUUUUUCUAGCAUUAGUGCAAAAACGGAAGGCAAUGUAUUCCAAUUUAGAUGUGAACACAUAUUGGUCCUUGGUCCUCAUGCGUUCCACACACAAAUAUAAACAUGUAAAAGAACGAAAAAGAUUUUAAUAAACCGUAAUGAACAAAUAUUAUCUAUAUAAA